AGCAGCAUCGUCAUUGUCAUCAUCAUGCCUGGCAUGUCAAAGCCCCAGUGGAGUCCUGAGGGUCCAUCGUUUGGUUCAGAUACAAAGAUGUUGCCGAGGAGGCCUAAAUGUGUCCGCUGCCGAAACCACGACCUAUUAGUGCCGAUAAAAGGGCACGCGCGCAAGUGCCCCUUCUACUUGUGCCAGUGUUGGAAAUGCGCGUUGAACUCCGAGCGGACCAGGAUCGCGACCAUACAAAGGAGCCUGAAGAGAAAGCAGCAAGCCGAGCAACCGUUGGAGCGCGCCGCACGUCUCCACAAUUCAGGGACUUUCGGGGGAUUCCCUGACGUGGACUGCAUGUCCAUCAGUAGUGACCCCAAACAUCGACCUACCAUACUCGAUAGUGGCGGAGGGAAGGUGGACACUGGGAAGCAACCUGGGGCUUCCAGUCUCCUCUUAGGUUUCUCUGAUCGAGAGCCAGCAAAGGUCCUCUACAUGCAGUACCCGUGUCUCCAGGCUUACAAUGUUUGCCAUGCUCCGACUUGGAAUAUAUCAGGCAGGCCUCCCUUCCUCGAGGAACUGACAGUGCCAUUAAGCUUGCCUUCCUUCCAGGGGCACGUCUUGCCUAACUCUACUUACCUGACUCAAGUAAGUAAACUGGUACUCAUGGCAGGGUGUAACUUCAGUCCUAGUUGUUGCUCUGCCAAAGCUGUCCGGGUGUAUGGUGAGGAUUUGGUAAUCAUAAAUCAAGAACUGCCACAUUUUUUUCAUCUCAUUGAGUACUUUGAAAAGGGUGGUCUGGGUGGCUGGAAGAUAAACACUUGACAUCUGACAGGCAGAGAGUCUAAAUAGUGAGAAGGGUUGGCACUGGUAAGGCUGACACAUGUUACCUCGCCAGGCGAUAAGAGAUGCUGGUAGAAAGAAGGAAGCUUUGCAUGUUUGUGAUGUGUUUCAAUAUGGUAUCAGGCAGUGCCACUACCACAGGCUUCAGAGAGAAGUACCCUGGUGGGAGCAUGCAGCAUUCUCUCAGGACUCCUGAGGGAGAAGCAACUCAACUACUGGCAGAAAUGGCUGACUGAAACCUUUGUGGAGAGAGUAAAGCCAGGGAGGUAACAUCAGAGGCGC